AUGUCGUCUUCUGAUGGCAACAAUACGCCAAGCCCAUCCAGUGUUGCCUCAUCAUCACAACAACCACCGGCGCUACCAUCAAGCUCCUCAUCAUCACAAUUACAACUUGCUACCGGAAAAAAUACGGUAAAAAGGGAGUCACCGCAAUUAAAGGUCGAAAAUCUUGCCAGAGCCAGUUUUUACAGCACACCAAAACCGUUGGCACCACCCACGUCGAUAUCCGAAUGGCAAUUAUUGGCUGUUUUACAACGGGCAAAUCUUGUACAGUACUACGAUAUGUUUAUUUCACAAGGAGGAGAUGAUAUCAAUCAAAUUAUGCAGUGCGAUGAAGGAGAGUUCCUGGAAAUUAUGUCACUUGUAGGAAUGCUUUCGAAACCUCUACACGUUAGGCGGAUUUGCGGCAACGCUGUCAAAUUUGUCGUCGACGUCGCCAGGAUUGGCUUCAACGUCGACGGAGACGACGUCGCCGCAGAAUGGAAACGCCACCCACAACUCGGUACCGUUGGGUUAGUCUUUUGGGGGAAUUCGGGGUAAUG